CAACUUGAGCUGGCUGGAAAACAUUUCUUGUCAAAUUAACCUCAAUAAAAUGUAAACAAACUCUUUGAGAAAAUAAACAGCUUGAGUCUAUCAACUAAAUAUUCGUUGAUUGUAUUAAAUAGUAUUUCAAAAUUUGCUACAUUCCAGUUCGACUCUACUCAUUACUACGAAAUGAUGGAAAUGAGGUUCUUCAACAAUCCUUUUGAAGAUUAUACGCCAGAACGGCUACAAGAGAGUAAAAACAAAGUGAGUCAAAGCAUAAACGUGAAAUGGAAGUCAACUAUGGAAAACUUACAUACCUUGGAUUUCAGUGACUAUACUGUUUAUACAGGUACUGCCGGCGUAGCUCUACUUAAAUUAUUGCAAGAUCCUGACAACCCUAAGAAUUUAAAGGAGGUUAUAAAACUGCUUUCGCUUCACAAACUGAAAGGAAGAAGGCACACUUUCCUAUGCGGUGAUGCAGGACCACUUGCGCUAGGAAUAGUGGUACACAGCAAAUUGGGAAAUCGUGAUGAAGUUUCACAACUAAUAUCAAAAUUAACUUUGCUAAAUAAAGAUGUGUUGGAUCUUCAUUCCGACAUAGCCAAUGAAUAUAUGUACGGUAGAAUUGGAUAUCUAUAUGCAAUACUUUAUGUCAACAAAUACAUUUCCCCUCCUCCUUUUGAUGAUAACUAUAUUAGUCAGAUAAUAGAGACCAUUUUAGUGAUUGGUCGUAACAUCUCCAAAGCAGGUAGAUUUAAGUGUCCUAUAAUGUACGACUGGCACGACAGUUACUACAUGGGAGCUGCACAUGGACUUGCUGGUAUUUUAUAUCUUUUGCUGCAAGCAAGAGCAUAUCUUUCUGAGGACGACUUAAAUAAUGUGAUCAAACCUACCAUUGAUUAUUUACUGACUCAGAGGUUUUCAAGUGGCAACUUUCCAUCUUCUAUAGGAAGAGAUUCUGAUAAAUUUGUUCAAUGGUGUCAUGGUUCCCCAGGAUUUGUAUAUUUAUUGACAACUGCAUACAAGAUUUUUCAAGAUACUCGAUAUUUACAAGCAGCAUUAGAAUGUGGUGAAAUUAUAUGGCAGAGAGGUUUACUAAGGAAAGGCUAUAGUCUAUGUCAUGGUGUUUCAGGAAAUGCUUACUCAUUUUUAGAACUAUACCAAACAACAAAGGAAGAAAAACAUCUCUACAGAGCCCUAAAAUUUGCAGAAUGGUGUAUUGAAUAUAAAAAAGAACACGAAGAACACUCCCCAAAUAGACCUAAAUCUCUAUUUGAAGGUAUCGCAGGUCCAAUGUAUUUUUUGUUGGAUAUUCAAAAUCCAAUGGCAGCCAAAUUUCCAGGAUAUACGCUAUAAAGACUGAUUUUUUAUGUUUGUUUUAUUGUACAUUGUUUUUUAUAUGUUUGAUAUAAAA